UCGUUCGGAUAUUCCUACGUAUGUAUGUUACAUUUCCUUGCACAACGCGGAAGAGUUCGCUAGUUCUGUUUUCGUCGUUCCGGCAGUGGCACGUGUACUCGGUCUCGUUUCGAUAAACCCGAUGAAAUUAGAGGAACUGAAGUUUCUUAUCUUAUCGCGGAGGGGGAUUUGCCCGAUCGAAGGAGUGUUAAAGAUUCGUUAUUUGAUUAGCAAGAACUAGUUGCUCCGUGGCAUCGCGACACAAACUCGAUAUCGGUGAACGGUUUAACGUGACGUUCAACGAACAACUCGCCGAGCACGAGGACGAACCAUAACCAUAACAAUUGAGUCGUUUGACCCGUUUUAAUUGGCAAGUUACACCGUCACGAAUGGGACGCUCGCUAGUAAACGGAUCGCGGCGACUGACUAGUCGACAGUGACGUGGAUUCCACCGAACGGGAGCACGUCGCGUCGUCUCGUCUGGAGGAUAGAAUCGCGUACCGCGAGGAGGUAAACCCUUCCGCCGGAGCCUUUCUCCAUUCCGCUCCCGACUGCCGAUUCCUCGUCACCUCGUCGGCUCGAGCGACCCCCGUUGGACGACACGGCCGAAGCAUGGCGACGAACGCCGAAAGCAGCGGGAAGGUUUCGACGAUAAACGUGAAAAGGGAUCAGACGGGCGGAGCAGGGGACAUCGAGGCAGCUUUAGCUGCGACAGGCUACGGAAGUUUCAACGUGUUGCUGCUCCUGGCGGCACUGCCGGUCGCCUGGGCCGGGAUCUUCGACACGACCACCAGCGGCUUCAUCUUAGCUUCCGCAGAGUGCGACCUCCAGCUCACUUACUUUCGCAAGGGUGUUCUCGUCGCGUUCCCCUUUCUAGGCAUGGCGUUCACCGGCUUCCUCUGGGACUAUCUCACGCCGUACGUCGGAGUGAGAAACCUGUUCGUCCUCGGCCUAUUGGCGGACUCCGUGCUAAAUUUACUCUCCACCGCCGUCGACUCUUACUACGCCUUCCUCCUCGUCAAGUUCAUCACCGGUGUUCUCGCGGGCGGCCCGUUCUCCAUGGUGAUGGCCUACCUCUCCGAAUUCCACUCGCCAAAGUACAAACCGAACUUUACCAGAUGGGGAGGACUGGCGAUAAACGCGGCCAUCGUUAUUCCGGCAGCGCUGGGCUUCCUAAUUUUACCGGUUCCUCUGGACGUGAACGUGUUCAAUCGGAGGUACAACUCCUGGCGGAUCUACCUGCUGGUAUGCUCGAUCGUGCCAGUCUUCGGUCUCCUAACUGCCAGCACGCUGCCCCACAGUCCCAAGUACCUAGUGGAGGUUGGCAAACCCGAGGAAGCCUUACGGUUGCUCGGCAGGAUCUACUCGAUGAACAAGGGGAAACCGGCGGACACGUUUCCGGUGACAACUCUCCUCGCGUGGGAGAACGCGACGCCGUUGUCGCGCCGCUCCUUCCUCGAGACCAACUCGGAGAAACUGCGAGUCGCCUGUUACAACGCGAAACUAUUAUUUUCCUCCCCGUAUCUGCGGCCAGUCCUCUUCCUCAACUUCCUUCAGUUCGGCAGCAUGCUGGGAUUCAAUACGAUGAGACUGUGGGUGCCGCACCUCUUCAUCAUCCUCAACAAUUUCGACGGGCAGAAGUGGAACAAAGAUCGCGCGCCGACUAUGACCGAGAUGCUCGACCGUAGAAUGUCCAUGCCGGCUGACCGGUACCUCGAUUGCCCACACUUCGAGGACGUUUGUCUAACGUGGAAAAUCAACGUGGUGAUCUAUCAAAACUCAGCCAUCAUCGCGUGCUCGGCCAUCUUCUUUUCCUUCCUCGCCGGUUUCAUAACCACCACGAGCUUCAAGAAGAAAUCGAUAUUGCUUCUCGCUUUCCUCGUAUCGGUGGUAAGUAGUUUUGGAAUGAACUGGGCUCAAUCACCUCCGUACAUGCUCACUCUGGCAGCGGCCAUCAUCGUCACGACAAGAAUAACGGGUAAUAUCGUUACCGCGAUGAACGUCGACGUUAUUCCUGUUCCGUUGAGAUCCACCAGCCUGAACGUCCUCGUCACCGUUGGGAACGUCGCAGCUGUCCUGGGAAAUUUCAUCUUCUCCGCGUUGCUGGACCUCGAAUGCCUAGUCGCGUUCCUCGGAAUGGGUUGCCUCUUGUUCGCCUGCUUUCUCCUAGCCUUCUUCCCUCUCAAACCCGUCAAGGAGUCGCCGGAGAAGCCUAGCUCGGUCUAACGCCUAACCAACCGACCACGAGUGUGCCAACGAGGAAACGGCAACGCGUCCCCGCUCGAACUGUGAUAUCUUUGCAAACCGCCGCCCCGGGGGCAGAGGUCG